CGACAACCUUAUUUGUUAGUUUACCCCCUCAUUGAUCAUCAACCUCGAAUAUGAGUUCAAUCAAGGGCCCAUCCAGUACUCAAUUCGAUGGCUCUAGUUUACGCAUCGCCAUCGUACAUGCGCGAUGGAACAAGACUGUCAUUGAUGCACUCUUAGCGGGCACAAUCAGCAAGCUGAAAGCAUGUGGGGUGAAAGACUCCAACAUUAUUGUCCAGUCUGUUCCUGGUAGUUUUGAACUUCCUUUCGCAUGCUCGAAAGUGAUUGCAGGGUCUCAUGUUCAAGCGGCUACAUCUUCUAGCGAUCUGAUCGGAUUGAGCUUCGGUGGUUCUUCGACGUCACUUCCAUCCACCAAAGAACAUUCUGUUCCCACUUCAACUCUUGUCGGCAUGCCAAAUACUCCAUUCGACGCAGUAGUAGCCAUUGGCGUCUUGAUCAAGGGCUCUACGAUGCAUUUCGAGUAUAUCUGCGACAGCGUUUCUCACGCCCUCAUGAAGAUCCAGCUUGACACGGGUAUCCCUGUCAUCUUCGGCGUCCUGACGGCACUCACUGAGGACCAAGCGUUGGAACGAGCUGGUCUCGGCAGAGGAUUAGAGAAGGGCCACAAUCACGGUGAGGAUUGGGGACUUGCAGCAGUGGAGAUGGGAACACACGGCAGACGAUGGGCUGAAGGGAUAUUCCUCUGAUAUUGCCGGUCCGCAGCUCAAGCUCACUUGACCCUGUUGUGAUAAUCAGGAUCGGUGGACUAUCCCAAGAUUUUCAUAAGUAACAAGAGCUCGGAUGCUGUGUCUAAGUUCAGAUAGUUGAAAAACAUCACAUUGGCUAUUGGAGGAAAAGACCUACCAGCGGCUCGCAUCUCAUCCGGGCCUCGCUCGCCAUACCUAGCCAGACCCAGGCUCGUCUAACCCUGUAUAAUCACACUAGUGCAAGGUUGCCGGCAAUAGUCAAAUUGAUAUCCCCCCCAAAGCGUCAUAUCGGGUUAAAUAAUACGAGUAAGUGCGAUAAUAACGGUUCAGGUUGUUGUAUGUACAGCAUUGCAGUGUGUAUUUGACCUUGUAUCCAAUUGCGU